AUUUCUCCAUUUUGUGUUUUCUCGAAACCCUAGUGCUCUCUCAUCCUCCGAGCAGCUAAAAUGCCGCCCAAAUUUGACCCUUCUCAGGUCGUAGAUGUAUUCGUUCGGGUCACCGGUGGUGAAGUAGGUGCGGCCAGUUCUCUUGCUCCGAAAAUCGGGCCUCUAGGUCUUUCCCCUAAAAAGAUCGGAGAAGACAUUGCUAAGGAGACCGCCAAGGAUUGGAAGGGACUUCGAGUUACUGUCAAGCUUACGGUGCAGAAUCGUCAGGCCAAAGUAACGGUGGUGCCAUCGGCGGCCGCUUUGGUGAUCAAGGCACUCAAGGAACCGGAGAGAGACAGGAAAAAGACUAAGAAUAUCAAGCACAGUGGCAACAUCUCGCUCGAUGAUGUUAUCGAGAUCGCGAGGGUGAUGAGACCAAGAUCCAUGGCGAAGGAUCUGAGCGGAACUGUUAAGGAGAUAUUGGGGACUUGCGUUUCGGUUGGAUGUACUGUCGAUGGAAAAGACCCUAAGGAUUUGCAGCAAGAGAUUACUGAUGGUGAUGUUGAGGUGCCGCUUGAUUGAGAUCGCAAGCUUUAGUGAGCUAUUUCCUUUUUCUUUUUCUUCUACUUCUUUUUUUUGUUAAAUUUUAUAAAACAGAGAAACCUGUGCUUUUAUCUAAUUUGUGUUUUUUGACAUUGAAGGAUGUUUUGAUAUUAUUUACUAUUUUGAGGUAAUUAGAUGAUUUGGAGGAAUUUUUGGUCAUUUAUGCUAGUGGAUUAUGAUA